UCCUUCGUUUUGUUUUCAGGCGGGUUGAAUGAAUUUGUAGCUGCUCGCGGCAAAACAUGCCACUUUAAUGUCUACGUUUAUAAUGUAAAAUUACAUUUUAGACAAUCCGUGCAUGUUUGUGUAAUCAUAGCACGUUAAGUGUUUUCCCUUUGACUGAUAUGCAGAAUGGAUCGACCGUCCAGGAAACAACACUGCCCUCCAUAUCACAGUUUUAAAUAUGUAAUUGACUCGUUAUGUUUUCAACUUGUAUCAGAAGCAUAAAAUCGGUCACCUACACAGACUUCCAAGACGAUGACGAUGAGGAUUUUGCUGCUGUGAAACCUCCUUCCAAAAAAUCUCGAACGACCGCCAAAGACCCUGAUUCUGAAAGAAACCCAAAGACUUCAAGUAUAGUUGUUGAUCUUACCAGUUCAGGACAACAGAAGACUCAGAGGGUGUCUCUGGAAGAUAAACUCUAUGAAAGAGAUUUAGAGGCGGCAUUGACGCUGUCAUUGCUGGACUCUCCAGUAACAGGAGGAGAAGUUGCCACCAAAGCAGAGGCGCACAACAGGUCUGAAGCUCCACCUCCUGUUCUUACACACUGCAAUGACGCUAACAGCCGUUUAGAUGAGCAUCAAUUUCGACCAGAUUCUCCUCCUAUGCUGUCCAACUGCAGCGUCGAUGGCAAUAGUUUAGGGCUGAAUCUGAUCAUCAAUAUGAAGACCUCCCCUCCCAGUGUUUCUAAACCGAGGAAGGUGUCAGAGCAGGAGAGAAAACCGCUGAAGAACAGUGAAGAUGAAGACUAUCAGCCGCAAAACACACCAAAUUCUGACAGUGACGCUAACUUUACUGAAGAAGAUGAAAGCGAGGAUGAGACGUUCACAGUAACAAAGAAGAAUGUGAAGAUGGUGGGACAAAAAACAGAAAAAAAGACCCCUCAGACUGCAAAGCAGAAAAAGGAGAAGAAAGAGAAACUGCCAGCAAAAGCCUCAAAAGUUAAAAACUCAGCCUCCAGCUCAACAAUCAGUGGGAGUGCAGCUGCUUCUGUGUCUGGACUGAAGACACCCACAACUCCACCUCUGUCUAAACCAGCACUCAGCUCCAGUCCUGCAGGGGGCAGACUGGCAAAGUGGAAUCCUCCUGGUCUGGUUGGCAGGAGUCCCAGUGAAACCCAGAACGCACCUGUCACUUCUCCAGGACAAGGCCUGCGCUUGGGACUGUCUCGUUUGGCUCGAGUCAAACCUUUGCACCCAAAUGCCCCUGCUCAUUGAACAUACUGAUUUAGAAGAAACUUUUUUGGAAACCGCACAGAAGUUUGAGGAUAGCUCAUGAAAACUCAGUGGGAAAAAGUAAUUUUCAAAAUAUUUAUAGUACUAUAAUAAUUUUAACAAGAAUUUCAUUCCUUUUUCUAUUUGCUGUAAAUUUUAAUAUUUUAAAUGUAUUCUUGUCUGGUGUUCUUUCAGCUUUGUAAAAAUGCACUUUUUUGACAACCAUUAAAAAUCAUGCAACAUGCAAACAUUUUUAGAAUCAUAGUUUUAUUCUAUAGUGAAUGCCUUUAAGUGUCUUUAUAGUGAAUGUUAAGUAAUAAAUGAGUAACUAUGAGUAUGCCUCUUUUUUUUGUUGUAACCUCACUUUUCCUGUUCAUUUAAAUAUGAGGAAAGUUGUGUUUAUACACAGUGUGUACACUUAUUGCUGCAUGUGUGUAGUAGUAUUUUCCAUGAAGUAUUUGCAUAAAUUACAAUAAAAUAUGCUUGUGU